AUGACAACUUUGACUUUGUCCGCGAAGGAGACGGAGAUGCUCGUAGCUGUGAUGUCUGAGAUGGGGGAGAUUCCUAGCAAUAUCAACUUUGACCGUGUCGCCUCUCGAGUCAAUGUCAAGUUUGCCAGAAACGCCCGCCAAGGCUUCAAGAAGCUGUUUGAGAAGUUAAAGGAUCAAGCCGGACCAUCUCCAGCUGAUGAGGAUGGUGCUACCCCUCCCAAGACCCCCUCUCCCACCAAGAAAACUUCUCCAAAGAAGAAGGUUGGCCCAAAGAACGGUCCCAUCAAGGCCGCCCCUAAGCCCAGAGGAAAGAAGGGCGCAGUCAAAAAGGAAGUCAAGGAGGAAGAAGUUGAUAGCGGUGAUGAGUUAGCAGAACCAGUAUUGGACGACGAAGAUGGCAAGUCACCAGAACAUAUUCCUUCCCUCAAAGCCGAAAUUCCUGGAAAGAACGCUGUGGUUGGCCCCUCCACUGGAUCUCCUGAAAGUCUUCAGAUUUCAGAUGAGGUUGCUAGAAUGUCUGUCGUCGAAGCCGAAGAGACACUCUCUACUUCCAUUGAAGAGAGUCCUGUUGACGAGCAAGUUGAUCUCGAUGAACAACUCCUAGCUGCCCAGUCUGGUAUCAGUGUUGAUGCUUAUCGACACUGGAAAGCACUCAAUGACUAUACUUUCCUCCAGAAUUCUUGA